AUUUAGGAACAGCAUUUUCCUUAUGGAAAACGAAAUAGUAAUUAACAAUGAAUAAAAAAAUUAAUUUAUAGUCCCAAAAAAAUAAAAGAAAAAAAGACCAAUGACUGAAAACCGUAUCCAGGUGUCCAAACACCCUCCCAAAUAUUUCUCAGCCAGAAAAUAUAAUCCACAUCAAAAACAUUUUCCCCAACCGGAAAAUCCAGAUAUUUUCCCAGGAAAAUUCCUUGGUGUAGUUCCUUUUCCAAACUCUUGCAAAAGCUCUCAGACUUAACCACCAAAACACACACUCUCACUUCAAUGUAAAUUUUUUCUUUUUUUUUUUUUUUGUUUAAUCAGAUGCUAAUAAUAUUCGGAGCUUUCCACAAUCGGACUCUGGCCCACCCGAAUUCGUCCCCAGCCGCAGCAGCAGCAUGUUGAGCUCCACUUGCUCUCACUCCCUCCUUCCUCCUCGUUUUCAUAAAACUAGGGUUUCUAGCCGACAUGGACCUCUAUACCCAGUUACCCGGAGUUUUCGGAUCUUCGAAUCCCAUUCCAGGACUUCAAACAAGGAAUGGAAUAAAAUUUCAUGCUUUAGGAAUGAGGAUUUUUCUUCAAGAACCCAAAAAUCUGAAUACGUUGAACAUUUUGUGCCCGACGAAGUGGAAUCCGAAUGCAAAAGUUCAAACACGGUUAAAAAAGAUUUGAAAUCGAUUCUUCGAGAGGUUGCUGAUGCAGUGUCUAGGGCCAUUGGUAGUAGGUGGACUGUACCAUGGACUGCUGAGACCAUAAUGCAGGUUAUGCUUCUCUGGGUUGCUGCAUUCUGGUUUAUAGGAUCUUGGAUGGUUCCAUUUGCUGCUCAUAUAGCAGGUUUCAGCUGGGAAUCUCUAACAUUUAGAGGACAAGCGUUAUUGAGCCUGGUGACUGAUGUCACUGAAGGUGUUGCUGGAAUUAUGAUCCUACACCGCUGCUUGUCUCGGUUUCGUCCUCUUCCCUCAGACUGGUUCAGAUUUAGUUUGAAAGGGAACUGGCAAUUUGAUGUUAUUCUAGGGUGCCUAAUGUUUCCCCUAGUCAACCGUCUCUCACAGUUCAACCUUAACUUAUUGCCUCUUUUGCCUUCCACUCCUGUCACCAUAUCAAGUGUUGAGCAGUCAAUAUUGGCACGUGAUCCAGUGGCAAUGGCUCUGUAUGCAGCAGUGGUGUCGAUUUGUGCUCCUGUUUGGGAAGAGGUAGUCUUCAGGGGGUUCCUUCUCCCUUCUUUGACCAAAUACAUGCCCGUAUGGUGUGCAAUAUUGGUGAGUUCUAUUGUAUUUGCUUUAGCACAUUUCAAUGUACAGAGGAUGCUACCCCUUAUUUUUCUUGGCAUUGUGAUGGGUGCUGUAUUUGCUCGGUCAAGGAAUCUGUUACCAUCCAUGCUAUUGCACAGCCUUUGGAACGGCUUUGUCUUUCUAGAUCUAAUGAAAUAACUAAGGUUUGUACUUACAUAUAGCUCAGCCAUUAGCUAUGCCAUUGUCCAAACAAGUCAUUCCAAAGUUGUGGGUUGCACUCCUUCAAAGGGUUGUGAAUCUUCUCACUUCCCAGAGGCUCACUGCUUGCACAUCGUCUUUAAUUUGAUCCUCCAUUGCCUGCCGAAUGUGAUGUAGCUCCACUAACAUAAGAAAAAUAUCAAUGGACAAAGAAUGAACUACAAGAAGAUCCUAUCUAUCUUUCAAGAAAAUCAUUUGGCACUUUGUACAUCUGCUUGAUGACAUAGAGGAUGUGACCAAGGGAAAUGAAAAUUAAUGCUAAAAGAAAAUGUAUAGAAGUCAUUAUUGCCAAGCCAGCAGAACAAAAUUCUUCUCGUUAGAUGUGCCCCCUUUGUAAUUUGUUCUUACCACCUCUUCACCUCCAUUGUUUUAUGGAGGGGCAAAGUUUGAAAUCCCAUAUUAGAAAAAGACGGAUUAAUCCACAAGAGCAUGGGGAGAUGAUUGUAAGAGUACGAGAUUUUGUAUCUAGUAUACAAUAUUUUUGUACCUUUUCAAGAGUAGACAAUGGUAUACAUGAUUUUCAAUUUGUAAA